AUGAUGACGACUUCAACAUACACAAACGGAAUGGCAUCCGACACUAUAAUUCCGACAAAACCUGAUAUAUUCAAAAGGAAUUUUAUCACAACAACAUUUCUCAGCAUCACAGUUAUGCAUACAGAAUACAAAAUGGCACAAAACCUUACUGAACAUCUGCGAAGAUGGCGAACGGAUGAGUUGCGACGAAGCUUUGACGGCGUCGAAGCUGAGAACGUGAUAAUGGUGACUGAAACAGAGCUGUCGGAGGGAGUUGAACAGAGAUUAGAUCGAAAACCUUAUCUCAUUUAG